AUAACAUGGAAAGUGGCAACCAAGCGUUCAAAAAAACUCAGUGUUUGCUACGCCGAAAAAAUAAAAAAUUGAAAAUUAUAAACAAAUAAAGAGAUGCGCGCAUUUGCUGAAGAACUUAAUUAAUGCUGCUCAGGAAUCACCUCUCGCCAUUUGGAAUCGUCUCAACAAUUUCACAUGAGUGAGUGUGCAACGACGUCGUCUCCUGCUUCUUCCAGCUGCCACAUGAGGCUGAAGCAGCUGACAGCUGGCGCGGCGGCUCUGCUGCUGCUUUUUCUCUUGCCGGCGGCAGCUUUCUCCGACGCCCAGCGACUCCAAACCUCUCACAACGUGUUCGGCCCCUUCGACCAAUCGUAUUACAGCAAGUUCGCAGUGCUCCAGCCGGCGACGAUCAGCAACGAUGCGCUCCAGAUCACGCCGGACUCCGCCGGAAACUUCACCCUCAACAACCGCUCAGGUAGAAUCUUCUACAACCACUCUUUCACGCUCUGGGAAGAUUCAGGUUCAAAUUCUUCCGAUUCCGCAGCAAACGGAAGCCACGUGGCGUCUUUCAAUUCGUCGUUCCUGAUUAACGUCUUUCGUCCCAACAGCUCCGCCAUCCCGGGCGAGGGCCUGGCGUUCCUCAUCGCGCCGGAUAUGACCCUCCCGGUGGCCAGUCACGGCCAAUACCUCGGUUUGACCAACGCCACCACCGACGGCGAUCCCAAUAACCACCUUCUCGCCGUCGAGCUCGACACAUUUAAACAAAGUUUCGACCCGGACGACAACCACAUGGGUAUCAACAUCAAUUCAAUCCGGUCCAACAAGACCGUUUCGCUCUCGGAUCUGGGUAUCCAGAUCUCGCCGUCCGAUACCCGAUUUUACAUGGUCUGGAUCGAAUACGGAGGCGAUUCGCACCGGUUGGACGUGUACAUGGCCGAGCAGCAAAAGGACCAACAGACGAACGGGUUCGUCAUCGAGCCCAGGCCCACAAGCCCAAUCCUAACCAAGAACAACAUCAACCUCAAGGACAUUGUGAAACAGCAAUCUUACUUCGGUUUUGCCGCUUCGACCGGAACCGCGAUCGAGCUGAACUGUGUGCUGAAGUGGAAUCUGACGGUGGAGCUUCUGCCAGGUGGCAAGGGUGCGGAUGGCAAAACGGGGUUGAAGAUUGGGCUGGGGGUGGGCGUGGGCGUGCCCGCGGCGGCGCUGAUGCUGUUGGGUCUGGGCGGGUUGGGGUAUUACUUGUACAAGCGGCGGAAGGCGGCGGCGUCGGACGAGAAUAUUUUGGGGGCGCUGAAGAGUCUUCCGGGCACUCCGAGGGAGUUUAGUUUCAAGGAGUUGAAGAAGGCGACGAACAACUUCGACGAGAGGCACAAGUUGGGUCAGGGCGGAUAUGGGGUGGUGUAUAGAGGUGUGCUGCCCAAAGAGAAUUUGGAGGUGGCGGUGAAGAAAUUUUCCCGGGAUAAUCUCCAGGGUAAAGACGACUUUUUGGCUGAGCUCACCAUUAUCAACCGCCUCCGCCACAAGCAUCUCGUCCGAUUACUUGGAUGGUGCCACAAAAAUGGAAUGCUACUCAUAGUCUACGAGUUCAUGCCCAACGGCAGCUUGGACAACCACCUAUUUGGCGAGACGGAAACUGCCACCCUAGGCUGGAGCCAGAGAUACAAAAUUGUCGCCGGAGUGGCCUCCGCCCUACACUACCUCCACAACGAGUACGACCAACGAGUAGUCCACAGAGACCUAAAGGCUAGCAACAUAAUGCUAGACUCUAACUUCAACUCUCGCCUCGGGGACUUCGGCCUCGCGCGUGCCCUGGACAACGAGAAGACCUCGUACGCUGAGCUCGAGGGUGUCCCAGGCACGAUGGGGUACAUAGCCCCCGAGUGCUUCCACACGGGGAAAGCCACGUGCGAGUCCGACAUCUACGGGUUCGGGGCCGUGAUUCUAGAAGUCGUGUGCGGGCAGCGGCCGUGGACCAAAAUGGGAGGGUUCCAAUUCGUUGUGGAUUGGGUUUGGUCAUUGCAUAGAGAAGGGCGCGUGUUGGAUGCCGUCGAUCAGAGGCUGGGAAAUGAUUACGUGGCGGGGGAAGGCGAGAGGCUUUUACUUCUUGGGCUGGCCUGCAUGCACCCGAUCGCGGGCGAGAGGCCCAAGACCCAAACCAUUAUCCAAAUCAUUUCCGGGUCAGUUCCGGUGCCCCGAGUCCCGCCUUUUAAACCCGCUUUCGUGUGGCCCUCCAGCAAUAUGCCUGAGGGAGUGAGUAGCACAGCAAACACAGUGAAUACGACGUCGUCCUGGCCCCUUGAGAUCUCGGUGUCGGAUACUUCGGAGUGGACCCCACCGUACGACAGCCAAGAUAGCAAUGGAGGAACAAGACGACAUAGUGACAGCUUCUCCUUGCUUUAAGAUUCUUGUUUUGUCGUUACUCAUUAAUCUCACGUUCUCCCAUUUUAUUUAUUUUACCUUUUUUUUUAAAUUAAAAAAAAAUAAAAGAAAUUUCUUUGUUUUUUGCUUGAGAGAUUUCCUAGUUUUAAUUUUGUUAUAUUUUCUAUUGUGUUUUCACCGAAGGUGCCUUGUUCAUGUGUAAGUUUGUAUAUUUUGUCUCAAUAUUUAUAAGUAUAUAGAUUUUGUUUUAUUUUC